AGUCGAGUUGUGUUAACUCUUACAAGCCUUGGAAAAGAUAAGUCUAUGUCUGUGAAGAACAUCUUCUCCCUGAGCAACAGAUGUUGAGCUUUAGGAUGAAGCCACAGCCCUCCGACAUUAAAAAGGAAGAGGAACACCCACUAAUCCCCCAUUUUAAAGCAGAAGAGGAUGACCCACUGACCACUCACAUCAAAGAGGAAGAGGAGGACCCAUUGACCCCCCAUUUUAAAAAGAAAGAGGAGGAGCCACUGAUAAGCCAUUUUAAAGAGAAAGAGGGGGACCCACUGAGCCCUCAAAUUAAAGAGGAAGAGCCACUGACCCCUCACAUUAAAAAGGAAGAGGAGGACCCACUGACCCCUCACAUUAAAGAGGAAGAGGAAGAGCACAGCAUCAGUCAGCAGGGAGAGCAUCUAGAAGGACUGGAGGAGGUUGAUGUCACCAAGAUGCCAGUGACUGGUGUCCCUGUGAAGAGUGAAGGUGAUGAGGUGAAAGGUGAAAGUGAGGAGAGGGGAGGGGGGGAGCCUCCAAGCAGCAGCUCAACACAACACAUGACAACAGAAGCUGAUGGAGACCACUGUGGAGGAUCACAAGCAGACAAGCUCUUAGCUCCACUAUCAGAUAGUGAGGACACAACGUCACACUCUCCUGACACUGAUGAUGAAGACUCUAAAGAUGAUAAGACAUGUCACACUGACAACACUCACUUCACAUGUUCUCACUCUCACAAAACUUUUAAAUACCAUUGUAGUCUGAAAGUACACAUGAGAACACACACUGGAGAAAAACCUUUUUCUUGUUCACUCUGUGGUAAAGGUUUUACACAAAGUCACCAUUUGAAAAGACACAUGAGAACACACACUGGUGAAAAACCUUUUUCUUGCUCAGAAUGUGGUAAAGGUUUUACUCAAAGGGACCAUUUCAAGGCACACAUGAGAAGACACACUGGAGAAAAACCUUUUUCCUGCUCAGAAUGUGGUAAAAGUUUUGUAUUAAAUCAAAGUUUAAAAUUACACAUUAGAAUACACACUGGAGAAAGACCUUUUUCAUGUUCAAUCUGCGGUAAAAAUUCUGUUCAAAAGGAUUAUUUCAAGGCACACAUGAGAAGAUACACUGGAGAAAAACCUUGUUUCUUGUUCAAUCUGUAGUGAAGGUUUUGUUGUAAGUCAACAGUUGAAAGUACUCAUGAGAAGACACACUGGAGAAAAACCUUUUUCCUGCUCGGAAUGUGGUAAAAGUUUUGUACUAAAUCAAAGUUUAAAAGAACACAUGAGAAUACACACUACAGAAAAAACUUUUUCCUGUUUAGAAUGUGGUAAAAGUUUUGUAAGAAAUCACAAUUUAAAAGUACACAUGAGAACACACACUGGAGAAAAACCUUUUUCCUGCUCAGAAUGUGGUAAAAGUUUUGUACUAAAUCAAAAUUUAAAAGAACACAUGAGAAUACAUACUAAAGAAAAAACUUUCUCCUGUUUAGAAUGUGGUAAAAGUUUUGUAAGAAAUCACAGUUUGAAAGUACACAUGAGAACACACACUGGAGAAAAAGCGUUUUCAUGUUCAAUCUGCGGUAAAGAUUUUACUCGAAGGAACAAUUUGAAAAAACACAUGAGAGUACACUCUGGAGAAAAAACUUUUUCCUGCUAAGAUUGUGGUAAACGUGCUGUAUAAAUUGUAGUUUAAAAGUACACAUGAGAACACACACUGGUGAAAAACCUUUUAUAUGUUCAGUAUGUGGUAAAAGUUAAAUAGAAAGUCAGCAAUUAAAAUCACACAUGAGAACGCACUCAGGUGAAAAACCAUACUUCUGUUCAAUCUGCAAUAAACGCUUAUCUCACCUAAGAUCUAUUAAAGUACACAUGAGAAGACACCCAGGAGAGAAAGUGUUGAGUUGCAGUGUGUGUGGUGAAAGAUUGUCUUCUAAGUAGCAGUGUAAGAAACACAAGUGUGCUGGUGAGAACAGCAGCAGCAAAUGAAACUGCAGGAUUUGAAAUAAACUGUCCAGACUUUCAUUUUGACUUUCUAACAACAUCAGCACAUAUAACAUGUGUGACAUUGUUGUUUGUCUAACAAUCUUGUUAAUAUGAUUCUAACAUUUAUAGAUUAGACACUUCAGAUUAGCGAUUUUAUUACAGUCAAAUACAUGAUUUAAUAUACACAUUUGUGUACUUUGAAAUGAACAGAACAAUUUGACUGAAAGGGUGCGAAUAAACAGUACAUAAAAUUAUGUUACAUACAAUAAACAUUCUGCGAUGAGGUGGCGACUUGUCCAGGGUGUACCCUGCCUUCCGCCCGAUUGUAGCUGAGAUAGGCGAAAGGGAAUAAGCGGUAAAAAAUGGAUGGAUGGAUGGACAAUAAACAUUGUAUGUGUAAAUAUCCAUAAUUUACCUUUAUACUUAUUCAUAAUAGUGUUUUAUAUGUUUUUUGAAGAAUGACGUGUUACAUAUUUUAUUUUCUAAUUCUAGAUGAUUCCAUAGAUGAACUCCUUUAUAUGAUGUACAUAUUUGUUUUACAUGUGUUCAUACCUUUGCUUUUGAGUACACAUAAAUCCCUCUUAGUUCAUAUUUACUGCUUCACAUCUGAAACAUCUUCUGGACCACUUCUGGAAGCAUAUUAUUAUUUACUUUAUACAUCAUUUGAACAAUUGUCUUUUAUACAAGAUCAUUUAAUUUUAAAAUGUGUGACUUUAUGAAUCAU